GCUAAUUGCUUUUCCCAAGCAACCACUCUCUGAAAUUGCCUCCAUGGCUCCAUAUAUAAAAAUCAUUCUUUAAUUUGCUCAUAAAGCCCCAAGAGAGGUUUGCUAUGUCAUGGAAUUGGACCCUAUAAAGAAAGACCCACUUCUCUUCCGCAGGAUUCCUCUCCUCUUUUUGUUCAACGACAUACCCUUACCUUAUUCGAUUCGCAAUAAUGGUGUCGGCAAGGUCCACCACCUUUCUCCUACUUUUCAUUUUGCUCCCUCUAAGAUUCUCCACCGCACACCAAGGUAAGAAGAAACUGGUGGUUUCCAAGCAUGAAACGGCAAGAAGUCCAGUGAACGUAGAGCAGAUUUAUCAUGGUUUUGCUGAGACAGAUCAAAGAACGAAGUUUCUUCAUGGAAGGAAGAUGGUGUCUAGAGGAGUACUCUCGAGGUCGAAUGUGGUAAAGGCUGAGAAUGGAAUUAAUAUGGCAAAGGGUUUUACCACCAAAUGGAACCAUGAAGAAGGGAAAGGAAUUUUGAAUGUGAAACAUAAAGUUAGUAAAAAGAAUAGUGGCCAUUCUACGAAAGUCAAGAUGUCUGGUCUGGUGCCACUGAAUGCUGAUUAUUAUGUUCCAAGACCACACCCGCCCAAGAAUAACUGAUUCACUAAGUUUUAAGGACACAGAGUUUUGACAUAUAUAUAUAUGUAAUGGAAUGUAGUGUGUUUUAGCUUGGUUAGUUUUUACGUACUUCUAACCAUUUGUUUUUGCCUUUGUACUCAGUUUUGUAGUCCUCACUGUGUUUAGGAUAGUCACAAAUAAUUAUGAAUAGGUAAUUAAUUAUAUAUACUUGUAUGUAAACGUAUUGAGGCUUUCAUUGUGAACUCAGCCAUAGUUUUCCAAAAGAGAGUUUUUCUCCAAAUUAUAUUAAGAUUUCGUUUAAAUGUUAUUAAUAAGAUUAAAUGUUAUCUUUCAUUUUUUGUUUUGAUUAAAUCCUCCAUUU